AUGGUGAGGAAGAGAGGACCUGGUCACUUUUCAAUGGUUGCUCGUCGUAGCUCGUCGCUUAUCGUCGCUUUUCGUCGCUCGUCACUUGUCGUCGAUCGUCGUCGGUCCUCGAUUGCUCCUAUUGGUCCAUUCAAUGAUCUUGGAAGUGUGUCCAAACAACCUUAUCUUAGAUUAUCAUUCUUCUAUCUUGUCCUCGAUUGUCAAGAGGAGGAAAAUUUGCAGCAUCUCUUCCUCUCCGGCCCCUUUUGCAGAUUAAGGAGAAAUUCAAAUUACACUCUCUCUCUCUCAUGGAAAUCUAAUUGUAGGAAUGUUGUAUGGCUUCCUGGAUCUAUAGCUGAAGCAAUUGUUACGACUAAUGUUUGCAGCGUAUGCUCUCCAGGUUGCAUUGGAGGCUGUGAUGAGAUUCUGAAGCAGUUGGUAGAAAUUUGUGGACCUGGUUCCCGCAAUCUUUCAAGCACACCUGCAAGUGGUCAAGGAACUGCUACAUCCUCCAGCAGUGUCCAACGUAGUAAUUCGAGGCAGAUUGCUUGCACACACUGCAGGCAAUAUGGGCAUUCUUCAAAUGACUGUCCUUCACAGACUUCUCGCUCUUCCAGGGCUCGAUCUCAGGGAAUGAACCAGCAAUCUGAUAAUGCAGGAGAAUCUUCAAUUCCUUGUGAUACAUGUGGUACACCAUGCAUUUUGUGUACUGCGAAUACUGAAAGUAACAGAGGAAGAAAGUUUUACUCGUGUCAAUCACAGGGCUGCAACUUCUUUGCAUGGGAGGAUAGCCUCAACAACAGUAAUAGGGGAAGAAGUGUUCCGCGUGCAAAUGUCAGCAGCUCAGCAUCCAAUACCAUAGCAAGGGGUGGCCGUGGCAGAGGAGGCCGGAGUGGACGUGCUGUUGACACGACUUUCGUGUCAGCAACAGGUGAUCCAAUAUCUGGUCGAAGGUGCUUUGUUUGUGGUGAUCCUUCACACCUUGCGAAUGUUUGCGCAAAUCAUGAUACGUGAUUCAUGACCCCUCACCUACCUUAAAGUAGUAAAUGUUUUUACCUGCUUAUUUUAGAAUGAUUGUGGGCUGUAAUACAAUAUAUAAACGACAAUGCUACGUAGCUCAAAUUUUGUGGCUCAAAAGUGGCUCAAAUGGCCAAAACGACGUCGUUUUGAGUACAGAACAACAUAAAAAUG